UCAUCUCCAUCACCUUCUCUCACUGCACCUGACCCGCUGGCCAGCACUCGUCCUCCUCCUGUCAGAAUGUCUUUGCCCAACUCAGAGAACGCCUCCACCCUGGAGAACGCCAUGCAGCUCAUGAUCCAGACUUUCCACAAGUACUCUGGGAACGAGGGUGACAAAUAUACACUGAGCAGGACUGAGCUCAAAGAGAUGCUUAAUUCAGAGCUUGGCAACUACCUGGGGAAUGCCCAAGAUAAGGAGGCAGUGGAUAAGGUUAUGGGAGACCUGGAUUCCAACAACGACGGGGAGGUCGACUUCACCGAGUUCAUCAUACUGGUCGGAGCCCUCACCGUAGCCUGCAAUGACUUCUUCCUGGACUACAAUGAAAAGCAAGAGAAGAAGUGAACGCCCUCGGCACGGAGACGCCCACUCUGCAAACCUGCAAGGUCCAGGGAGAAAACAGUUUGGACUGGAGAGGGGGAACAUCCUGUCAUGGAAGUCACAUGCCACAAAUACACACACACAAACACACGCACACACUAACACAUACACUAACACACAACCACAUGCACACACACUGUGGGUGUUUGUGUAUUUGUCUGCUUUUACCCAUCAAUCCAUUAAAAGCUGUAUCAUUUGCAAUGUGAAAACCUGGAGAGUUUAAGUUUGUUUCAGCACCUGUCAUUGUUGAACACAUGAAUCUCUUUUUCUCUUCAUGUCAUUUUGUAACACAUUCCUCCCUGGAAAGAAUAAAUGGGACCUUUUCCCAAACAACA